AUGAAUCAAGCAUUAUUUAAAGGCAGCGAAAUCUCUCUUGGAGUGGUUUUUGGAAUUCAAAAACUCUGGGAUUUGGUAAGUUGUAGCCGCUUAUUCACAUUGCAUAUUCCUUCUAACAAUCGCAUAAUAAUGACACUUGCUCACUACUCAGAAAAAAUCGGCAAAUUUAGAGAGCGUGGUGGACGUCCUUUCCAGAAGCCCUGGAUCGUAUUUCUAGUGGUUGCGACCUCCGAAUUGCUGGACGCUAUGAACCUCUCCGUUGUCGCAACGACUCUAUCACAAAUUCAAGAGAAAUACAACACCACUUAUCCUAUUGCCAGUUGGGCACUGAGUUCAUAUGCUCUUUGCUUUGCGGGCUUUAUUAUGAUAAUGGGGAGAAUCGGCGAUAUUAUUGGUCACCAUAUCAUUUUUAUUGGUGGUCUUUUCGCUCUUUCACUGUUUCUGCUUAUCGCCGCUGCUGUUGAGAACCUUUAUGUGGUAAUCGUGUUUAGAGCUCUUCAAGGAAUCUGCGCUGCUGCAACAAUUCCCUCGUCGUACGCUAUUAUCGCACACACUUACAGUGGAAACGCUUUGAAGAUGGCUCUGGCAGCUCUUACGGGUAUCAUGACCGUGGCCUCGGGUAUUGGUUUUGUUAUUGGUGGUGCUUUCUACGAGAGUUCAGUUGGCUAUAGAGGAUCGUUUUACCUUUUUUUCGCUCUCUGCAUCUUGAGUUCUGUCCUGUCAUUUUUCUGUGUUAGGCAUACUCCAACUUCACCGGCCAAGGUGUCCAAAUUGGACCAUUUGGGUGUCUUGAUUAUGCUCAGCGGAGCUUUGUUAUUGGUCACUGGUCUGACUGAGGGUGGUGCUAGGUGGAAUUCACCAAAGGCGUACGUUCUGGUUGUUAUUGGUGUUGUUCUCCUCAUCCUAUUCUUGGUUUGGGAACUUUAUCUCUACAAGAAAUUCAGCUGGUCAAAGAAUCUGGACUUGCUAAUACCACCAGCAAUGUGGGACCUUCCUAACUUCAUCCCACUGAUUAUCAUCCUCGGCAUCAAUUACGGUUCUAUGUUCACUCAGACACUGGCAUCCCUUCAGAUCUUCCAAUAUGUGUCACUACAUUCGCCCAUUGUCUCAGCAGUCCAGACUCUUCCAGGUCCUAUCACCAUGACUAUCUUGACAUUCCUUGUGGGGUUUUUGUUCGGUAAGAUUCCACCAAAAUACUGUAUUUUUUUCGGAUCUUCAAUCUCUCUGACUGGGGCUGUUCUCUUCAGCAGAAUGAAUUACACAAUGGACUCCUACUGGAGAUACGGAUUUCCAGCCUAUAUCCUCAUGAGUUCUGGUACUGUCUUCGUCUUCAUCAACACUCUUAACACUCUGAUCUUGUCGUGUCCAUUGGACAUGCAAGGUUUACUGUCUGGAGUUGCUAUAACUUCGGGUGAAUUUUUUGUGGCGGCUGCUUCUGCUGGUGUCUCGUCCAUUGUGGGAAACACUCAGUUCGGUGACUCUCUCGAAGCCAAAGAGGCUCUGAUGAAGAGAUACCAAAAGGUCUUCUAUUUGGCUAUUGCUCUUUCAGGCACUGCAUUUCUCGUUGACUUUUUCGUCAAAAAUGUGCCCAUUUCGAGCCCUCAAAAGCAAUCCAUGGACGAAGAAGAGCUCAAAGAAAAUGUUGAGUCCGCCUCUGAUGUGGUUUCCAGUAAGAAUCUUGAGAUACCCCAGAGAAGUACUGAGGCUGAAGGUUUGGCAGUAGAGGUUGCUCUUCCGCAAUGA